AUGCAGCAGCUUCUUACCUAUGAGGACAUGAAGACCGUUGUGGAAAGCAAGCUCCAAGGCCAGCUUCAUGGAACUCACCUGAUUGAUGUGCGAGAUGAGGAAGAGGUGGAGAGCACAGGAAUGAUUCCCGGGGCCGUAAACGUGCCCCUCGAUCAGCUUGAGGCUGCGUUGAAAAGUGACCCGGAGGAGUUCCAAAAAAAUUAUGCGAUUCCCAAGCCACCACAAGAUGACAAGCUCGUCGUGUACUGCUUGUCGGGGAAACGUGCGGAGAAGGGAGAGAAACUGGCCAGAGAGUGUGGUUACACAAAGACUGCGGUCUAUCCUGGGAGCUGGAACGAGUGGUCUAAGCAUGCCGAUGAACACAAGGAGGGUUAG